AUGGUGGUGGCGCGAAGACAGGGCGCGGGCGCAGCGGCCGGUUGCCGGCGGAUCAAAGGCCGCUCGGGGUUACUAGCGCCAAAAGCCGAAGGCGCGACCAUUCAAACGUUUGGUAACUUCGUUUUGAGUCUGACCACCGUUCGUGACGGCGAGUUCGAGCAGGUCUACACCCUAUACCACAGACCUCGCGCCGCCGCGCCGCACAUGAUGGCGUCCUUCCUGUCCAAAGUCCUCGGGCGCAAGAAAGGCGCAGGCGACGACGACUCUUCGUCCUCGCACAAACGGCGCUCAAGCGCGAACCUGCUCGACGGCCCCUUCGAAGAUGUCUCUCCGAGCGUGUCCCCAUCCAUGGGCACCUUCCCCGACAACAACGCGCAAGUCGAGGACAUCCGCGGCCGCGAGAGCGCGGGUACGGUGAAAGGCAGGGGGCUGUUCAGGUCGAAGAGCCGCUCAAGAGCACGGAGUCCGCCCGUGCGGAGGUCGAGCGAGCCGGAUGUGCCGCAUUUGUCGUUGAGCUUGGGGCAGGCGCGGGAUUAUAAGGCCUUGGAAGCGCUUUUUGAGGUCGACCCGGACGCGAGCGUUGUGCUCAGCGAGGGCGUGUUGGGCAAGAAGCGGUUGAGCCCCGAGGAGACGCUCGCGCUGCUGCAGGCGUGUGCGCGUGUCAUUGUCGAGCGCGGACUGGAGACGCUGGGGAUCAUGCGCCCGCACUGGCACUCUGCCUCCAUCGACGUCCAGCGCAAGCUGAUCUCGCUCUACAUCCUCUCCCUCACGCCCUCGCCCUCCAACGCCGCCCGAUCCGCAUUCGACAGCGAGCUCUCCUAUGCGCGCGAUCCGCAUGACGUCGCCGCCGUAUUCCGCUGGGCGCUCCGUCACCUCGCGCUCGAUGGCACUUCCUUUGGGACCACGGACGACUGGUACAGCUCCUUUGCGAGCGCCGAGCAUACGCAGAGCUAUCCGCCACGUGCAUUCUCGACGGCGCUCGUCCCGCUCUUGCCGGCGUCGCACCGCUCGCUGCUCGAUACCGCACUCGACCUCUUCGAGUCUCUAUCAGCGCACUCAGAGGCGAAUGGAUUUUCGGGGAGUCGGCUGAGCAAGUUCUUGGGGCUGUGGCUGUUGAUGGUCGAGAGGAGCAAAGAGGGCGACGAUUGGAGGUCGUUUUAUGAGCGGUGGGAUGUGGCGGGCAGGCAGUUGGAGCAUGUGUUCUUGGCUCGCAUACGGGACACAGCGGCCAUCCAACCCGUCCCCAAGCGCCUAACAGACCUCGUCCGCGCCUACCCCUACGGCAAAGCGUCACCCACCGACCUCCUCCCCCGCCCGCGCUUCACAACGCGCCUCUACACCGCGCUCCUCGUCCGCGUCGACACGGAGUACACGACCCCCUCGCCCCCGCCUACGCCGCACGCGUUCAACAUCAUCUCUAAAGCCCUCUCCUCUUCUCCCUCCUCCUCCUCAUCGGGCGAGGGUGAGGAUGGAAAUGGGGACGAGCUGGUCAAAGUGUGGCAAGCACUGAAAGAAACAGCAUCGAACGCCGAAGGCCUCCCGAUCCUCUCCAACAUCUUCACAGACACGACCGUCCGCCUGCUCUCGCUCCUCCCCUCCCAACCUUCCCAAACCGCGCGCACGUUCUCCCUCACGGCGUUCGACGCGCCGCGCUCGCCGCCCCUUUCGCCCACUUUAUCGCUGACCGAUACCACUACGACGAAUGCGAUGUCACGCACUACUUCGAUGACGCGCACGACGUCCUACGCAACGGGCGCUACGGGCGGAACGAGUGCGGUAUCGCCCGAGACGCCCGCGGACUGGACGGCCUUUACGAGCGCGGGCUUCACAGCCGGCCCAGGCUCACGCCUCGCGAGCACGCUGUUCGAUACGGACGUGCAACGCACACAGCCCCCGCCGCCGACGGGGCUGUCGAUUCUGCCGGUGUCGCGGAAGAGCUCGAGGAAGGGCGCGAGGCUGUCGUUCGAUCUUUCUGCUGCGAAGGAGAACGGCACGGGCUCCGGCGAUAAAGGCAAAGGCGCAGAGCUUGCGGAGGAGGAGGAGGACGGGCAGAAGAGCCGGAUCGGCGCGCUGCAAAGAAUCGAGCUGGACGAGGCGUUCGUCGACUUUUGGUCCGACGCGGUCUUGGACGGGAUCAGCGCGCAGUGGCCGCGGUUCGUGGUGGCGGAGCUGAGGUCGUUGCCUGAGCUGGUUUUAAAGGAGGCGGGGAGGAGCGUGGAGUAUGUUGUGCUUGAACAGGCGUUUGUCCGCCCUGCGCCUCCCCCACCACCCGCGCCUGAGCCGGUCGAGGAGAAGGCUGAGCCGGCGAAGGAGCAGGAGCAGGCAGAGAAGGAAGGAGUAGACGAAGACGGCACGACCCACCGCUCGCCCCGCCCAUCCCUCGCAUCUGAAAACGGAGGACACGGCCGCUUCUCGCUCUCCAAACGCCGUUUCCCGUUCUUCGCGGAGAAGGAGCGCGAGGCGAAGCGGGCUGCGAAGGAGGAGUCUAAGGGCAAAGAGGCGAAGGAGAAGGGGGGUAAGAGGGAGGGCAAGGAGGGCAAGCGGGAUAGUAGGGACGGGAAGGGGAAGGAGAAGGAGGGCAAGCAUAAGCGGCGGGCGAGUAAGACGCCGAAUGUGGGGGUUGGGGAGGUUAAGGAGGAGGACGAGGCGAAGGAGAAGAAGGAGGGCGCGGAGCUCGUCGCGGCGGGUGCUGCUGCUGUUGCUGCUGGUGCAGCCGUCGCGGCUGGUGUUGCAGCGGAGAAUGCACCCGCUACUGAAGCCGAGCCCACCGCAGAAAAGUCGACGCCCAAACCAGACGCCGACCCCAGCCCUGCCACAGAGGGCGCGCCCGUCGUGGACGUUCCCACAGAACGCCUCGUCGAAUCAGACGCGCCGGAGCCUGUAUCCGUCGAACCCGUCAAGUUCGACGAGACGCCCGCGCCCGCGGACGAUGCGCCUACUACCGCGGAGCCGUCGCCCGAGGAACCCUCCACGACCGAACCAACCGCCGCCUCAGAUCCAGCCGCAGACCCAAUCGAAAUUCCAACAGACGCCACCGGCUCCUCUCUCCCGCCCGCGCCCGCGCAGAUCGUCGCGGAGGGCGAGACGGUGGGUCCCGCGCUCGCGCUUGAGACUAGUGAGCGUGUUGCGCUGGCGGAGGCUGAGGCGGUUGAGGAGGCUGCGCCCGCAUCAGUUGAGGAAGCUGCGCUGGCGCCUGUUCAAGAAGACGCGCCGGCGCCGGUCGAAGAGUCCGCACCCGCUCCAGUUCAAGAACCCACGCCCGCACCCGCUCAAGAAGCCACUCCCGCGUCCGAGCCCGUCACCGACCGCCCGCCCUCGCCCGUCGCCGAAGUCCUCGAGGGCGUCGUCGUAGAAGAGUCUGCGCCUAUCGACGAGCCGUCUGUCGAAGGGACCUCUAGCGUCGAGGAGCCUGAAGCUGUGGUUGAGGCGCCGGCUGAGGAGGUGGGGGAGGCUAUGGAUGUUAGCGCGCCUGAGCCUGAACCGGAGGUGGAUGUUGCGCCUGUCGAGCCUGAGGCUGAGGUCGCACCCGUUGAGCCCGAGCCUGAGGCUGCGCCGGUCGAGGAAGACGCGACGCCUGCUGAGCCCGCUGUCGAUGUUGUUACGGAGCCUGAAGUGGAAAGCGCUGAGGUGCCUGUGGCGACUGAAGCUGAGGCUGUCGUCGAGGAGCCUGAGCCUGCUGCCGAGAUCGCCUCCGAGGAGUCUGUUGCUGCGGAGCCUACGAUUGAAGAGCCAGCUGUCGAAGAAGUCACAGCCGAAGAACCCGCUGUCGAGGAACCCGCUGCGCCCGCCGACGAGAAGGACGAGCCCGUACCCGAGCCCAUUCCAACCGCACACGACCUCGUCCCGGAACCCGAAACCGCCCCAGAGCCCGUACCCGAACCUCUCGCAUCCUCCGUGCCCAUCGUAGAAGCGAUCCCAGUCAGCGAGGCGCCCGUCGUGCAACCCGUCGACGAGACUCCCGCUGAACCUGCUCCCGCUCAGGAAGAAGCUCCAGCGCCUGUUGUCGAGCAUGUCGAGAGCACUGAGCCUGACGUCGAGGUUCCUGUACCUACCGCCGACGAGUCUGAGGUUAUCCCGCCUCCUCCUGUCGAGGACGAGGUGCCGCAUAUCGAGCAUGUUGAAGAGGUCGCGCCUCCUGCUGAGGCUGAACCGGUCGUCGAGACGGAGCAUGUUGAGGACGCCGUUCCCCAUGUUGAGCACGUCGAAGCCGCGCCCGCCGACGUUGUACCCGACGUCGAAGACGUGAUCCCUCCCGUUUCCGAGAUCGAGCCGGAAACCACUGCGCCGCCCGAACCUGAAGUUGCAGCACCCGCUGAGCCCGAGGAGACACCAGCCGCUCAGGUACUGGUCGAGGACGAACCCGCGCAAGAGGAGGCACGCGUUCCCACGCCCAUUCCCGAAGACGAAGUUCCUGUCGAACACGUUCAGGAGCCUGAGCUUGCGCCUUUGGUGGAGGAGGUUGAAGCUGCUCCCGUCGUCGAGGAUGCGUCAGAGCCCGAGGCACCCGCGGUAGAGGAGCCUGUUGCGGAGGCGCCCGUGGUUGAGGCGCCCGCUGUCGAAGAGCCGCCCGCGGCAGACGAAGCGCCCGCGGUCGAGGAAGCGCCUGCAGCUGAGGAAGAAGCAGCUGUUGCCGAGGAGGCGCCGGCCACAGAGGAGGCCACUAUCGUCGAGGAGACACCCGCCGUCGAGGGAGCACCCGUCGUUGACGACGCGCCCGCUGCUGAGGCAACGCCGGCCGCCGCAGAAGCGCCCGUUGAGGAAGCGCCCGUCGAGGAAGCGCCCGUCAUCGAAGAGACAGCAGCUGCGGAGGAAGCACCCGCUACUGAGGAGACCCCGGCGGCCGAGGCACUGCCUGCUGCCGAAGCGGUACCUGUUGUUGAGCAAGAACCGGCUGUCGAGGAGACCCCAGCCGAAGAGCCUCAAGCCGAAGAAGCGCCCGUCGUCGCCGAAACAUCCGAACCCGAGACUGCGCCCGCCGUCGAAGAGACCCCUGCUGCUGAUGAAGCGCCCGCUCCCGAGGCUGUACCUGCCGUCGAGGAAACGCCAGCACCCGAAGCCGCACCCGUUGUCGAGGACACUCCCGCGCCGGCUGAGGAAGAGCCCAUCCUGGAGCCGCCCGCCGAGGCCCACAUACCCAUCGAGGAGGAAGCGGACGCCGAAGAGCCUCAACCAACUGCAGUACCUGCUGAGGUCGAGCCAGAAGCUGCCGCUGCCAAACCGGAGGUCGCCGCUGCUGUCGAGACACCUGAGCCCUCCGUGGUUGCAGACGAGACCGUCGAGGAACAGGCUGUCGCGACGCCCGUCUCUGAUGCACCGGCACCCAAAGAGACGGUCACCGCGCCUGCACAGGAUGAGCCGGUAGCUGCGCCUGCUGAGGAUGAACCCGCCACGGAGGACGCGCCUACGCCCGCUCCCGUAGAAGAAGCCGUGCCAGUUAAGGAGGCAUCUGAAGAGACAGAACCUCUGUCGCCGUCCGCGGAGAACGAGCCUGAGGAUGGGUCUGAUGAAGUCGAGCCCGCGACACCUGUGACGCCUUCUGCCGGAGAACCGACUUCGCCUACUAGCAAGUCCGCGAAGAAGAAGAGCAAGAAGUCGAAGGGCAAGCGCAAGUAA